GGCAUGUCUAAACGAAUGUUAUAAGUGUAGCUGCAGGGCGCUUACUCCAUACUGCCACGCGCUGUCUAGAUAGAAGGACCCAGGACGCUUCUUUCCUCAAAGCAAAAGAUGGCAAGUCCGACAAAACAGCCCAAGAUCGAGACUGAGACGCUAUCUGGAUUCAUCCACCAGGUUUCCCCGAUUAAAUUUUCUGCAACCAGCUCCGAGUUCUUUAAUGCAGUGAUCCAGACCGACCGGGAGGAAUUCCACGACGCCGUCGUAUUCAGCCCGGGUAAAAGGCAGAGGUUUCUGCAAGCGCAACAGAACGGGACCCCUUUGCGCUUAACAAACGUCAGGAAAACCCUAAGUUUGAAGGGAACAUCGGACUACGACGUCCUGCUAAACUACAAAACAGACGUGACGGUGACCACUGUGCCGUUCGCCGCAAGACAUCCCCCCGCGGAUGAAAAAACAACCCUGCGUGAAGUUAGUGCGAUGCCUGCUGGGAAAACGGUCAGCCUAGUUGAAUGCAAGGUGUUCAGUGUCAGCCCAUCCUCUUCUACAGUGAAGGUACGAGGUACAGACCGGGAGGUGAGGAGCUGCCGCAUUUCGGACGGCACAGCGGAACUUCAGCUGCAGCUCUGGGAGAAGCAUAUUGAGAAGGUACAGAAUUUGAAGUCCUACGCCUUCUCUCGCCUGUCUACGCGGGUCUUCAACGGGAAAGUCCAACUCACCACCACAUUAGCCACUGAGUGCACAGUUGUGGCAGACCUUCCGGUGUCCGAGGCGUCCGGUAGCUCCGAGGAUGCCCAGCUGAUGUCAGUAGCUGGAGCUAUUCUAGCACUGGAAAUCAGAGCUACCAUGAAGUGCCCACAGUGCGGCAGUAGACAGGACACUUUUAAAGACUCUACCAAGUUCCACCGGUGUCAGAACUGCCGCAUGAUGCAGAAGGGGAAUAUGUUUCUCAGGCUGCUCUCGGGAACAAUUAAGGUCGCAGGGCAGCAGGAGCGGCAUACGCUGUCUGUCAGCAAUCGGGCACUGGAAGCUUAUAUCAAGCGCUACAACCUCCAGAGCUUGCUAAACGUAGAGGAAAUCGAGGAGCACUUCCUUGAACAAUCUCAGAUCUCAGUGUCGUUUGACAAUGAGCUUCGGGUGAUUGAGUUGCUACAGCCUGACACAGAGGCUCUCUGCGCAGCAGAGGAAGAGGCCACGGCCGGUGAGUUUAGCAGCGCGGAGUAAAGCAGCGCGGAGCAAAGCUGUGCAGUACAAGACCAGAACUCGCUAACGGAAAUGUGAGUACAUGUAAAUAGUUUUAUAGUGUUUAUAGUUUAUGGUUGGUGUUUAUAAGUACAGUUUGAAUUUUAUUAUAGUAUUUAUUAUUUUCCAUUCUUCUUAUUAUUUAAUUAGACCAGUUAGUUUCUGUUUGCAAAUGUUUGUUUUAAAUGUACUUUAAGAUUAAUAAUAUAAAUAAUUAAUACUUAGUUGUUGUUGUUGUUUUUGUUGU